CUGGGCUGGGCGGCCCCCCCGACGCUGCAGCAGCGGCAUCAGCAGCGAGAGCAGCCGGGACUUCAGCUGACAGCCUCCCCCGCCCGCCCGUCCGCGCCGCUUGCGCGAAGCCGGGUUUGCAAAUCCGCCAGGCAGCAGCAGAGCAGCUGUUCCCGCAAAGGCGCCGCCAAAGCAGCCGCAGCCGCCGCCGCCGCGUCCGGGGAGAAGCUCCAGCCCGGCCCUUAAGCAAGCAAGGCCAGCCCGGUCCAGCCCAGCCGGCGCCCGGCAUGAAGAACUUGCAGCUGAUGGAGGCGGAGACGCGCUGGAAGCGCUUCUGCCUCAAGGAGUUGCGCGGCAUCCAGAAGCUGAAGCGCAGGAGCCGGCCGGGCUUGCGCGGCGGAGGAAGCGGCUUGAGGGGGCAGGCGGGGGUCCCGGAGCACGUGCGCAGGGCUUCCCCGCCACCCCGGGGCUUCCCCGAAGGCGGGCGAGGAGCCGGGGGGCUGCCGGGGGUCGAGGCGCCCUUCCCGGCGGCGCUGCGCUGCCAGGGGCCGCUCUUCCCCGAGGAGGAGGAGGAGGAGGCGCCGUCGGCGGCGGGGGUCGCGGAGAGCCCCCUGCCCGCCCUCCCUGCCCGGCUCUUGUAUAACGGCAACGGCAACAGCGGCCCCGAGGGCUCCGCCUCGCCUCGCAAGCGGCCGAGCGAUCCGGCCGGCAGCGGCGGCGGCUCGGAGAUCAAAGCGCUGCAGCAGACUCGGCGGCUGCUGGCCAACGCCCGCGAGCGGACCCGGGUGCACACCAUCAGCGCCGCCUUCGAGGCGCUCCGCAAGCAGGUCCCCUGCUAUUCCUACGGGCAGAAGCUAUCCAAGCUGGCCAUCCUCAGGAUCGCCUGUAACUAUAUCCUCUCCUUGGCUAGACUGGCCGACCUGGAUUACAGCGCGGACCACAGUAACCUGAGCUUCUCGGAAUGCGUGGAGCAAUGCACCCGGACCCUGCAGGCCGAAGGCAGGUCUAAAAAAAGGAAGGAAUGACAACCAAAGGGUGGAUUGAGCAGAAGACCUGAGCAGAUGGUUCAUCCUGUCUUCUCAAAAGCACCCGGGUUCCCAUUGAAGAAAGCAGAAAUCAUCCGUCAUUUGAAGACCAGCUAUGGAAACACUCUGGGUUGUGACACCCUUUUGGAGAAGAUGGAGACCUUUCCUUCUGUGGUUUUCUUCUUAAGCCAAUCUCAUAUUAGUAUCUAUGGAGAAACUUCUCCCUCUACUUCCUAGCAAAGACCAGCCCCAUUGUAAUGACGUUGCUAGUGCCAAAGAGCUGGUUGCGUUUCUGUAUUGUCUCCUCAAAUCCAGAGAUUAUGAUCCGUACAUUCUGUAAAUUUCAGUGGUCGGCAAUAUAAAUCAGGGGUCUAUUGAGAUGUGGAAGAAGUCAUGGUUGCUUUUGGUGGGACGCACAUUCAAAAUGUGCAGGUCUUUGUAGAGGAAAAGGGUGGCAAGGCCUGUUUAAAGUAACGGCUGCGGAGCUGAGUCAGAACUGACAAACUUUUCUGUCAGUAAAUACAGUUCUACCUACCUGAAAAUGGAAACACUUAAAAUCAUGAAGAAGCAGCCCGUGUGCCAGGCGUGAAGGAUCAGAUCCACAUGUGAAGGUCUAAUCAAAUUGAUUUAUUGCUAAAAAGUCAAUGCACAGGAAUCUUCUUAACCUGCUUAGAUCAGGAUGGGUGGAAUUCAAGGGAGGUAGGAUUUAGUCCAUUUGUGGCUACGUAGAGAUUCUAGGCUGAUUCCUUUUUUUGACGCCGCCUUCGAGUUCUCCACUCUUUUUCCUACACCAUGCUAUUGUUCCACACAUUUUUUUUCUUCGCCUUUACCAAAUUUUGCUUAUUUAAAAAGAGCCAGCUUUUCUGAGUGAAAAAUUGUGACAAAACAGCGAAGACCGUUACAAGGGAUGGUUUCUUUCUAUUUUUCUUUUAAAAACCACACCAUUUAACCUGAUUAAUUAAAAUGUAUAUUAUCAAAGGAAAGGGAAGUCUGAUAGCCAGAAUAGCAUCAAUGAGCAGAAUAUUCCAGAAAGGUUUAUAAAUGUCACAUUUUGAAUGUCAGAAAUGUUCAAGGCCGUGUAAUGCAAAGGCAUUUGAAUACUAUGUUGUAUAUUUCACUUCAAAUUGAAGUAAAAAAAAAUUGGAGAAACUCA